AUGCCGAGCUAUAUAGACUUCAUCUCUGUUUUCACCACUAAACGAACCGAUGAAGCGGAUGUUUCCGACGUGCGGUUCAGCAGCUUCCGCGAGCGUAUACGUCUUGGUGUCGAUAACAGAAGCCUGGACCUGCCACAUAUGGCGCUGUCUGGGCGCGGCUAUCAGCUAAGUUACAACCUCAAGUGUAUUUCGAACACAAAACGAGAUAAAGCGGAAGUUUGGGCGAGAGAAAAACACAACCCAGAUGACUGGGUGUGGUCCACCCGCCAAGCAGCCUUCCACCAUCAGUUUGACAUGAAAGAAGGCACAAGUCUAUGGAUUCUCACCGCUGCCCGGGGAUAUCUUCAAGAACGAGUCCAAAGAUUAGUUGGUCAAAGAGGUUCUCAAACUGCGAUCGCUUCCACCGACGAGGAUGACUUAGAGUCAAGAGAAGAGGACCGUACAUUUACCACAACCGAGAAGAGCUUCAUCGCAAGUCUAUCGGUGCAUCUGAUGAUUGCUCAAUAUGCAAGCGGUGACUGGAGAGGUCAUAUUCGAUGGCUUGAGCAGAUGCUCGAGAAAAGGACCAGAGAAGCAUUAAUUAGCGAAGACUACAACCCCCGAGAGUUCGAUCUUGUUGACGUUCAGAUCAUGGAAGAUAAGACCAACAGGGCCGCCAUGACACUUAACGCCAAUACAAAGGUGCUAGAGUCGCUGGCAACCUUUUAUCAGAAAUUGAUGAAGAACGAAGAUUUUGAGUUGCACAGUAAGCCAGACUGCAAGAAUGCCGUUGAUGAUUUCCUUGCGCAACUGCGUGACUAUGCAUACGAUAUGAGAAUGUUCUCUGAGAGAGCGGAGGGGCUUGCGAAGAUCACAGCUGACCGCAAAACACUGAUCCAAGAGCGUCUCCAAACUCUCGCAUCUGACCGAGUAAUGAACCUCACCAUCCAGCAACAAAGGGAAGCAAAGAUCAUGAGAGUAAUCGCACUAGUAACACUCAUAUAUCUGCCUGCCACCUUCGUCUCGACAUUCUUCAGCACGGAUGUCGUGAAAUACCAGCCCGACGGGGAUAACGAAGACGCCGUACCAUACACCUCAUACUCGGGGCUGGCUCUCGAACGCUGGUUUGAAGUAACAGUCCCUCUCACUAUCCUCACAUUUGUCGUUGCAGUUGGAUGGUAUUAUGGAUAUGACCAGUAA